AGCAGCCGCCGCCGCCGCGGGCAGCGGGAGCAGCAGCGGCCGGCGGGGCAGCGGGGGCCGCCUCCUCGCCCAGGGUCGCCCGCCCGCCCGCUCGCCCUCCCCGUGCCAUGGGCAGCCCCUGACCCCGCCGCAGCACCGGAUCCAAAAUGACGGUCAAAGCUGUAAAAAUGCCGUGCACCUCUGCAAACGUUUAUACAAAAGUGCCUGACGGAGGAUGGGGCUGGACAGUUGCUUUUGCAUUCUUUGUUGUGGAAGCCCUGACAUACGGCAUCCUAAAAUCAUUUGGAGUCUUCUUCAAUGACCUGAUGGAAAGCUUUGACGAAACCAACAGCAGGAUAUCAUGGAUAAUAUCCAUAUGUGUGUUUGUGCAGACCUUCACAGCUCCUCUGUCGACGGUGCUCAGCAACCGCUUCGGCCACCGCCUGGUGGUGAUGGCUGGGGGGCUGCUCAUCAGCACCGGGAUGGUCAUCGCCGCCUUCGCCCGCUCCGUCGUGGACAUGUAUGUCACCAUUGGCAUCAUCUCCGGCCUCGGAUACUGCCUCUCCUUCCUCCCGACUGUCACCAUUUUAUCACAGUAUUUUGACAAAAGGCGCUCGCUGGUCACAGCAGUGGCAUCUACAGGGGAAUGUUUCGCCGUCUUCUCCUUCGCACCAGCAAUCACAGCUCUGAAGGAGCAGAUUGGUUGGAGGUACAGCCUGCUUUCUGUCGGGGUGCUGCAGCUUGGCAUCACCGUCUGCGGAUCGCUGCUGCGACCCAUCGUCAUCAAAGAGCAAGAAGAAGCGAAAGCACAGCCUCCAGAAGAGUCCACGGAGACAAAGUACAUGCUUGAAAAUGAGCAAACAUGCACCUCAAUAGAGUCCAUAGACUCAGGAGUCGAUAUAACUACCUCACCCAGCAAUGUGCCUGGAAAAACCAAAGCAGAGCCGAAAAGUGAAGAACCAAAGCAACAUGGACAGAUCCCUGUUGAAAAUUACAGCACCCCUCCAGAACCAAAAACCAAACUACUGGACUUCUCUGUGAUGAGAGACUAUAGCUUUAUCUGUUAUGCAUUCUUUGGCCUGUUUGCAACCCUGGGCUUCUUCGCUCCCUCCCUCUACAUCAUCCCCCUGAGCCUCAGCCUGGGCAUCGGCAAGGACCACUCCGCGUACAUCCUGUCGGCCAUGGCCAUCGCCGAGGUCUUCGGAAGGAUCUUCGCUGGCUGGGUGCUCAACAAGAAGCCCAUCCGCAAGAUCUACAUCGAACUCAUCUGUGUCAUCCUGCUGGCUGUAGCACUGUUUGCCUUCCCUUUUGCCUCCGAGUUCUGGGGCUUGAUGACAUGUAGCAUUUAUUUUGGGUUCAUGCUCGGCACGGUGGCGGGCACGCAUAUUCCCCUCCUGGCGGAGGACGAUGUGGUUGGCAUUGAAAGGAUGUCUUCUGCAGCUGGAGUCUAUGUCUUCAUUCAAAGCUUAGCUGGGUUGGCUGGACCACCCAUCGCAGGUGUCUUAGUGGAUACGACAAAGAACUACAGCUCAGCCUUCUACUCCUGUGCUGCUGGCAUGGUCCUGGGGGCCGUGUUUCUGGCCCUGGUGAGGCCGUGCAAGACUGGGCUGUGCCACCAGCAGCAGCAGCAGCAGCAGCAGCAGCAGCAGGUGGAGGAGAGCCCGCCAGGGCCCCCACCAGAAUUACCAGAUGACUUUAUAGACAUGGAUAUUGGAAAAGCAGAAAAUUCAGGAAAAGGCUCUGACAGCGUGGUAUAAAAAAAAAAAAAAAACAACCAACCCUGUUCCUUUCUCCAUCUAAUGUACUCGGCGUAAGGCUGGGGGAAAUGUCAGCUCUGCUCCACGUUUUAAAACUACAUUCUAAAGGGAAUGUGAAAUUUUAAAUGUGAACAGUUGCUACCAACGACUUUUUUUUUUUUUUUUUAAAUAUUAGGCAGAACUUUUUUAACCAACAAUGGAAAGCUCCAUAGAAAAUACGGAUAGCCACGUAAAAAUAACUCCUGUCUAGCAUGAAGAUGUGAUGCACACUCUUGCUUUCCUGAUAACAAGCAUAGGUAAAGGUUCAACUGAUCCCAUAAAUACUGACAACAGCAACAGCAGAAGCAGCUCAGCCUCUGACUGUCACCCAUUCCCUACCACAAAUUCCACACAGACAAGAAACCGAUGAUACGAACUGGAGACAAGCACUUCAUACACCACCAGGAGCCAACUGAAUCUUCUUCUGGAGGGAUACAGACUCAUGUUUUAGCUCUGAGGAGGAGGCUAGGCUAGAUAGCUGACACUUAGAAACCAUUGCUAAUGAUCUUAACUUGAAUGUCACAAAUGCUGGGAAAAAUCAAAGGCUCCGUGUGUCUUUAUGGCCAGUUUUUACUGCACGUGUUUCCUGAGAUCAUUUUUCUUCUCCUGACUGGGAUCCCUAGAACUGUUUUCUCUUGAUAGUCAGAUCUGAUGUACUGUUUCUAAUUUAACUAGUAUUUAUUAAUUUAUUCUGAGAUUGUUAAGGGAGGUUAGCUUAAAUAACUGGAGAGGAAAAAUGAUCUUCUGCAUAACGGAAAGCUGUCUUUACAUCAUUCUCUUCAAUGCCUAUCUUGUAUUGCUUGUGAAAUUGUUGGGAAAAUUACUCUUACAGCAUAAAGUGUAGCUGUUUUUAAUAGGUAAGUCUUAAGUAACCCAGUUAUUUAAAAA